GUUCGAUUCCACCAGGCCCGGUAUUAUACAUCAGCUUGUGGUAUAAUUUCAUAAGUCAGCCACCCCAUCUCCUUACGUUGAUGAAUUUUUCGCACAAGAGCACGCACAGCACAAGAUGGCUGCGAGCACAUUCUCGCGUUGGAGUCCUAGUUUUCGGCUUGGUCAGCAGACCGCAGCGGUCUUUCGGUUUUAGCACUACUCGGCUUCGACGCGACCACGACUCUGAGGCAGCUGUAAAGAAGGAGGGGACGUCGAAGAGGAUUGUUGCACCGACCAAAACCAGCCGCGCAAAAAUUAUCCGCACAGAAAAAAACGCCAAUUCUUCCUCCCUGCUACAGAAACUACUACUGCAGCAGAGAACAAAAGCGCAAGCGCGGAAAAGCAAACUGAAUAAACUCGUCCAGAAACAACAACGCCACCAGUUGUCUUGUGGUGACGAGGAUUUUCCCGUCGAGCCCGUCACCGAGCUAGCGAAAAAGUCGAAACUGGCGCAAUGGUUCCGGGACAACCACAAAACGAAGUGCGGGAUUGCGCAGACCACGGUCACCCGCGCCAUGCUGGACCACGCGCCCGACAUGGGGUGGACUUACAACUGGGGCCACCAAGCGGAAGGACCGAACCACGUCCCGAUCCGGGAUUAUGAGGAAACCCAAAAGUUUUUCGCCCCGAUGCAGUGGAGCCCCUCGAAUCCGAUGCCGGAGGAACCCGGGGCGAACAUGCCGAAAAUCGUUCUCGGCUACAACGAGCCCGACAUGCACCACCUAGGCGGGUCCAAUACGGAUGUCAACACAGCGGUGAAGCACUACGCGGAAGAGUUUUACCCGAAAGGGAGAGAAAAUGGUUUCGAGGAGUUUGUCGGCCCCGCGACGGCGUACAGUUUGCCGGCGGAGUUCGGGUCGCUCCCCACGGGGCAAGGAAACAGUCCGGAAAUGCUGUUCCAGCUGGAUUUCCUGCGAAUCUUGGCAACGCACUACCCGGAGGGGACCAAGAUGGUCCACUAUCUCGCCCUGCACCGGUACGAGGGGAACUGCAAAUCACCGCCGGAACUCGCGGGGGACCCAGCGAAAAAACGGGAAUACGAAAGCUUGAUGAAGCAGUGGCUGUACGACUACGUUGUCGGCGCGGGGAAGAAGUUCAUCGAUUUCGUCAACAAGGAGUACGGGUACCGGAUCCAGGGGAUCGUGCUCUCCGAGUUCGCGGGCCAUACCUACGAUCCCGUCCAUCAGCCCUGCGGGCCACGGGAGAAUCAGCUGCAGCUGAUGAGGGCGUGGCUGCCCUUACUGGUCGCUGACCCAGCGGUGGUCGCGGUCGCAUGGUACAGCUACGACGCUCCACAGCAGUACUGGCCGGGGACGGCCCAGGCGAGCUUGUUUAAUGCGGAUGGGACUUUGAAUUUCCUUGGAGAGGAGUAUUUUGCAAUGUGCCGGGCGGCCGCGGGGGAUUUGGUUCAUCUUCUUUCUUCCCAACCGGCGCAGGCAUCCCAAUCCCCGCUGAUGCAAACCAUGACUUCUGCGAAUGACACGACCACGAGUUCUCUCGACGACACCAACCCGUGAUGAUGAUAAUGGUUUGGCCAAGAAAGAAAGUCUGGUCCUCAGAUUCUGACUGGAGGCUUGCGCUUCAUCUCGCACUGCGCCUUUUCUAUUUUGCACUAGUCCGCAUGGAUCUGAGUUGGUUCUCUCUUUUUUAGUGCUCUGCAGAAAUAUCCUCC